CGACUGGCGAUUGUGAGUGAGAGAGACGUGUCGCCGCCAGCGGCUGCCGCACUCGCUCCGACCGGCCGCCCAGACGCGCAGCUCAGAGACAGACGCCAGGUGAGGGGCUCACACAGACGCACGCUGGAGGCCCGCGAGCUACCGGGCGGUCCGAGCGCCGCCGCCGCUGCAGGUAUGGACGGAGCUGCCGAGAACGGCGAGCGCUCGCCGCCGGCCGGCUCCGGCGGCUCGUCUCCGCCGGCCAGCCCGUCGCGGCUCGGCGCGGCCGGCAGCCCGGCCGCCGGCCUGGCCCGGCUGCCGGCAGAGUCGCCCACCACGCCGUCGCACUUCCAGUCGCCGCCGCGCUCGCUGCCGUACCCGUUUUUCGGCAAGCCGCCGGCCGGUAUGCUGGCCGCCGGAGGUAUGUUACCAGAGUACGGCGGCCUGCCGUCGGGCGAGCGGCCGUCGUACAGCUCGCCGCCGCCGCUGCCCACCACCGACCCCAGCGCCAACGAGUGCAAGCUGGUCGACUACCGCGCCCAGAAGGUGGCCGCCUUCAUCAUCAACGGCGAGACGAUGCUGUGCCUGCCGCAGGCGUUCGAACUGUUCCUGAAGCACCUGGUGGGUGGCCUGCACACGGUCUACACCAAGCUGAAGCGUCUGGACAUUGUCCCGGUGGUGUGUAACGUGGAGCAGGUGCGCAUCCUGCGCGGCCUGGGCGCCAUCCAGCCGGGCGUCAACCGCUGCAAGCUGCUCUCCAUGAAGGAGUUCGACGUGCUCUACAAGGACUGCACCACCGCCAGGCCCGGACGGCCGCCGAAGCGGGCUCCCGGGUUCGCCAUGACACCGUCUCCGGACGCUCUAAUGAAGCUGAAGCACGCCCGAAUGGAGAACGGCGGAGACUACUUCGAGAACGGCCACAUCAGAGAGCACGGCGUCGACAAGUCUCCACUGCUGUCCAACGGCUACAACCCGCCGCCGCACCUGAACCCGCUGCACUACAUGGCGCUGGGCCACCCGGCCGCCGCCGCCCAGGCCGCUCAGGCCGCACAGGCGGCCCAGGCAGCAGCCCUGUUCGGGCCGGCGGGUCUGCCGUCACUGCCCACCAGCCACGGCCUGACCCGACCCGAGCAGCCCGGCGGCAUCAUGAAGCACCAGGCCAUGCCGCACGAGCUCAUCAACAGGUCGGCCGUCUGGGAGAACUGCAGAGCUGCCUAUGAGGACGUGGUCAAACACCUGGAGAGGCUGAAGGACCACCGAGGGGAGCAGGAGAGGCCGGCCGGAUUCGACGCCCGGCCGCGAGACCUCAGUCUCAACAGCGGCUCACCGAACGGCCACAGUCCGGUGCUGAACCUCUCAAAGUCUGCCGACGGCACCAACUCCGACGGCCAGGCGUCCAACCGCGACGAAGACGAGGACGAAGACGACGAACGACUCAGCGAGCCCAACGACCACGACGACAAGGAGCCCGACGAACUGAGCGACACGGAAGCCAAUGACGCCCUGCACGAUAAUAACGGAAAUGCAGCCGGAGCCGGCGGCGGCGGCGGCGGCGGCGGCGCGCGGGCCGACGGCGGCUCCCGGCCCGAGGAGCGCCCCGCGCUGCUGCCGGGCGCCAUGCCCUGGCCCGGUCAGCUGAUGGGCGCUGACCCGGCGCUCAACAGCACCGAGACCCUGCUGCGCAACAUCCAGGGUCUGCUCAAAGUGGCCGCCGACAACGCGCGCCAGCAGGAGCGACAGAUCAACUACGAGAAAGCCGAGCUGAAGAUGGGCGUGCUCAGAGAGAAAGAGUCCAGGGAGAGCAUGGAGCGCAAACUGCAGGAGGAGCAGAAACUACGAGUGAUGUACCAGCGCCGACUGAAGAAGGAGCGACGCUUCCGGCGGAAGCUGCAGGAGCAGCUGAUGGGCCACGAGGCCAAGAGACGUACCCAGUUCGAGGAGUCGCUCCGCAGCGCCCCGGCCGAGGCCUUCCUCGGCAUGCAAGACAAGGCCAAUGAGGGUGUGGCGCGGCCGCCGGGACAGCAGCCGCCGCCGCCGCACGGACCCCCGCCAGUCAGCUCGCCCAUGCCCGAUCCACGUGGUGUGUUCUACGGCACUUCGCCCAUGUUUUCUUCGGCCACGUAGAGUCAACUCAGCAGCGACCGGCUGGGUCACAGGGCUGCGCGCUGACCUGCACACUAACUGACCAGCGCGCUGACCUGCGCGGCUCUACUGGCUGGCCGUAUCGCGCAGUACAGAGACGCCGGACACUAGCAACCAGAUGCAACCGGAAGAGGCCCGCACAAUACCGUUCUUAACUCUAGUCCUUAAUGACAUCGUCACAGGGAAGUUGUCAGUGUGCCGCCCCCAACCCCGGCCGCCGGGCGAGCUUCCGGCAUCGGCAUAUACCUUCCGGAAGAUGUGCAUCGCGUUUACCUGGCGUAUACAAGGCGCAUACGAGCUGCGCGCCCGCAUACGGCGCUUGUUGCUGUGUAAAUAAACUGAACUUGCCGCUAGAACGGAGAGCGUGCAACCGGGGGCCGUGCAGCGCGAUAUUUAAACAUACCUAGCUUCUCUCUGGCGGAGUGGUUAUAUGUUAGUCAAGUGCGGGCGUCCUUCUCUUGAUGUGAUCGUGUGACCUGUGUAGGUGUUUUGUGUGUGGGUGCGUGUCAGCGUGUGUAUGUGUGCGUGCAGUGAGUAGUACUGAUCUCAGCUCGUGUACAUACGUUCGCUGUAACAAAGGCGCCUGUAACGCUACCGUUUACUGUGUUGUGUAUCAUCGAAUUAACGCAGCGCGCGCAGACCCUCCGAAGAUGUAAAUCUCCCAACUAUGUGGGCGUGUCACUGCGAACUGUAGAGCGAGAGGGGUAGCACGAGAAACGUUCAGAGUAGUGCCACUUUUAGUCUGUUUUCUAAGACACUGGCCGAAUAUUUAGUGAGCUGACCCUGGUGGCCUAUUCUGUACUCAACGCACACUGCAAAGCAAUGAACUCAUCUGCACAUGUCACGGUGCGCGACAUCUUCACCCUGGCCGGCGGCGGCGCUGCGCCGGCGCCCAAACGGUAUCAUCUGGCCGUCAGAGCCCCAUCUCUCCCAGCCGGACCCGUUUGAUGUCGCUCUGAAGUGGCUCUGAGCCGGUCAAGGGCCGCCGAGUGCUGUGCGCCCGCGGGGCGCUCUUCAGUGGGCCUUUCCCCGCCGCGGCUCCCGCGACAGGCGUGCUCUUCCCACACGGGAGACACCAGUCUGAACAGUUCCUUCUUCAUAGACCGGCUGGGCCGACACCCGGCCGCGGCGUGAUAGUCCCUUUAAAGAGACACUGCUUCUUAGAGAGAUGUGCGUGAGAUUGAGUGUCCCUACUAUGGUGAGAUCUUGUGAAGGAGUGGUCGUUUUCGUUAAUGUGAUUCUGGAGUGUGUGCAGCGUGUGGCCCGGCAGUAGCGUAAUCCAGACGGGCAUUGCAGUAUUACCGUUGGCCAGAGCGUGUCACGCGGUGACCCGGCGGGGCACGUGUCACCCACCGCCCGCUGCGUGCGCAGGCAGGAGCCGCGUCCCUGACAGUCUGCGGCGAGCAUACACCGUACCGAGUUGGGGGAGGCGGGCUCCCGGCGCAGGACUGCGGUGUCUGUGUCGGCGGUAAAGGCGCCGUCACAACACCCGUCACACACCCUCGCCCAUCACGGCGGCGGGGGCGGACUCGCGCCCACACUCCCGUCUUCAGACCCGAGCUAGGCGAGAGUCGAGAGCAUCGUGAGUCCUCGCCCGGCGGAGCUGAGAGCGCUCCUCGUGUUAUCGGGCUCGCUGUACAAAGGUAUUCGUUCACUUUGUUUCAGGGAUGUUGUACACUGGUCUGUGCCAAAGGACAGUUCGUAGAUAUGUACCUAUAUGUACUAGAUGUUACGGAAGAACUGUGUAAAUACAUUUUGGCCCGUUC